UACAACUGUGCUUCGACAUUGAAACGUUCCUCUGAGGAGCCUAAGUGCAUGUUUUCCCUGUUUUCAGUUCUUCCUCAGCCGUCCGAUCCAUGCAGCCCACCGCAUACCACCGUAUGGUAGCCGUAGAUUUUCUGUAGCUGACUUGCAUCGAAGAGGAAGAGGCCCCCUCGGAGUAACAUUCCUCCAUCGCACACCUCUUCGCACUCCCCUUCUUCCCUUCCCUCCCUUUUCCCUCCUUUCAAACCCUAGACCUCCAAUCUUCAAUGCCCUAGGAAACCAUUCCCUUUAAUUCUACUGCCGUUUCUUCUCCUGGUUUUUGGGUUAUUUUCUGUGUUCAUAAAUCCCUAGCUCGUCAAAUCGGUCUUGCUCGCACAUCCUGCCCGUGCCCUAAUUGCCCCGUCAACUUCCACAUCACUUCGAAUUCUUCGCAGUGGUUUGAUACUAGCGCUAGUUAUUCGGAACUGUGGGGAAAUUUAAAAAGAACCGUCCGUUACUUAUUUUUCCCCCCCUGAGCUAGGGCAUCAGUGCUCCUUUAUCUUGUUCUCCCUAGCCCUUCCUUGAAUUGUGUCUACGGUUCUCGUCUGUGAAGUUUUAAGCUUCCGGUGUUCAGUCCGGGCUGUGCUGAGUCUAUUUUGGGGACUUAAAAGCCCUGCUUUUCUCUGUAGCUGAGUGAAGGGGUGGCUUUGCUUGUGGAUUAGUUUGAGCUUCCAGUUGGUUUCACUUGUGUCGAUUGAGAUAUUUGGAUGGAGUAACCGGAUUUGGAUGUUGAGCUUGAGCGUUUGCGCUUGCAUGGGUGGGGCAUGAGCAGAUAUGAGUAGGUUGUCAUUCAGGCCACGCCCUCUUGACAUUCAUAAGAAACUUCCUAUUAUUAAGUCUGUGAAGGAUUUUGACGAUGAUGACGUGCCAACUGCUGCUGCUGCCACCCGGAACUCACAACUACUACGAAUUGCAGCCGAGACAGACAAUGAGGCACAUCACAUCACUGUCAAAAAAGUUUCAUCCGAAAUCCCCACGCCUCAAUAUAAUAUUGUGGAAACAUAUGAAAGGGAUUAUUCCAGAACUUUCAGCCAACCUUCAUCUUACUUACGUGGAAGAGGAGCCAGAGCAGAGAUUAGUGAAUUUGUAGAGUAUGAUCUUGACAAUGAGGAUGAGGACUGGCUUCAAAAUCUCAAUAAUGAGAGGAGAAUUCUCCCACCUGAAAAAUUUGAGAGUUUACUUUUCAAGCUGGAGGUUCUGGAUCAUAAAAUUCGAGAGAGAUCAGGAGGACUGCAACCUACUUUCACAGAUCCUGUUCCGGUUUUUCUGCAGCUUGAUGCUGCAGCUGAGGCCUUGCAGGGGCAAUCUUUGCGGCUUGCGGUUAUUCAAUCUAUAUAUUACUACUGGAAAUCAAAGCGAGAACAUUGGCAGAAACCAAUAUUAAGACGAUUACAGCCACCCCCACCAGUUAAUGAUACAAAUCCUUACAAUGUUUUCAGACCAAGGGAGAAAGCCCAUCGCCUUCACACAAGGAGGAUGCAGAGAAGGGAGAACAAUGUCCAGUCCUUUGAGAAACUACGUCAGGUUAGGCGUAACUUGGGCCAGGCAAAAACAGUAUUGGAGGCUUUAAUUAAGAGGGAAGAAACCAAGCGUCUACUUAUGGAAAGUAACGUCAGUCUUCAGCGGAUUCAGAUGAAGUAUAAGAAUGAGGCACAACUUGUCGAUGAUGGAAUGGCAAUGAUUGGUUUUCAGUCAAAUUCACAAAAAUUUGGCUCAAGUGAGGAUGAUUUUAUAGAAUCAGAUGAUGCCAGAACAGGCCGUCCACGAGUGAGAGCAGCACGAAGUUCACCAUUUGCGGAGCCCAAGAUUUUAGUGAUUCCUAGGAGUCACAUGAAACGGGGAAGGGCAUUGCCACACAGAUGGUCUUACAGGAGGGACGCACAUGAACCAGUUCUGCUAUUCACAAGACCUUUAGAUCCAGAUAAAUUGGCUGCUGCAGGGAUUGUUCCACCAUCUUCUUCCCCAGUUGAAAAUGGUUCAAAGCCAACCUGUCGAUUCCAUGGCAGGAUAGGUCGUGGAGGACGAAUUGUCUUUGAUCGCUGGAAUCCACUUCAAUCUCCAAUUGGUUUCGAAAGCAUUCAACAAGUUCCAGCAAAUGAUCAGCCGCCUCAGCCAAAUGGUUGAACCAUUGUUUUGAGAACAAGUUUCUUCUUUCUAUGCAUCAGUUGCUGAUCUUCUCUACCUCAAGAAAGAUCUUCAGCUUCCUCCUUGCGCUUCUGAGAUGUCUCUUCUGGAUCAAGAGAAAGAAAAUUACUAGAUUUGAGCAUCAUGGCAGGGGCAGAAAGGCCAAAUUUACACGGAAAGUUAUAGUGGGAAAUGAGAAGGCUUGUUUAAUUCUCUUUUUUUUUUUUUCUUUCCAAAUUCUGAUUCACGAAUCUCCCACUGAUCUCCACACCAUUGUACAAUUAUUCAGAUUGCAAUUUGGAAGCCAAAAGCAUUGUGCCCAAACAGUAAAGUUCCCUUUUUAGGGGCUUCUAUGUUCCAAAUGCAAGAUAAAGUUUUUGGUUAAUCAAUUUAUGGGAACAUAAAUGUGUUAAUUCUUAUAAAAUGGCCAUUGUCAAUUGGUUUUUAUAA